GCUGGAGAUGAUCUCCUACAUGGAUCAGAAGGAGGAACUGUGGCUCUCCCACCUCCACGCCUGCGAAGGGAAGACCGUUCUGAGUGGCACCUGUCCAGCUGAAGAUGGGAUUGUGAGCAAGAAAGAAGAAAAUGCCCACCAAGGCAUCCCCAGGCCAGUGGAGCCCAAGGGUUUACCCUCGGGACUCUCCAAGGCGAACAGUUCCCAGAGUCCUGUGCAGGACCCAGUCCUCCCACGCAGGUCAGAAAGGGUUCAGAGACCUCUGGGAAAGAGGCAAAGCCAGGUGAUGCUGCAUGGGAAAAAUUUCAGGAGGCUGCCAGAUAUUAUCCAGCAGAGAAAUCCUUCUGUGGGGAGACUAACAAUAUGUGCGGACUGUGGGAAGAGCUUCCGGGUGAGCUCCAACUUUGUCCAGCAUCGGAGAAUCCAUACUGGAGAGAAACCCUUUGCCUGUGCCGAGUGUGGGGAGAGGUUCCGGCAGCGGUCGCAUCUCAUCCAGCACCAGAGAAUCCACACAGGGGAGAGGCCCUACAAGUGCUCUGAGUGCGGAAAGAGCUUCAGCAUGAGCUCGAAGCUCAUCCGGCACCAGGUAACCCACACCGGGGAGAAGCCCUACAAGUGUGCUGAGUGUGGGAAGAGCUUCUCCGGGAACUCGCAGCUCGUCCAGCACCAGCGAGUGCACACUGGGGAGAAACCCUACGAGUGCAGCAACUGCGGAAAGAGCUUCAGCGUGAGCUCAGCCCUGACACGACACCAGCGGGUCCACACUGGGGAGAAACCUUACGAGUGUGUGGAGUGUGGCAAGAGCUUCAGCCAGAGCUCUGAGCUCAUGAAGCACCAGCGGGUCCACACUGGGGAGAAGCCGUAUGAGUGCUCUGAGUGCGGGAAGAGCUUCACCGUGAGUUCAGCCCUCAUCCAACACCGGCGGUUCCACAUGGGUGAGCGCCCCUACAGGUGCACCGAGUGUGGAAAGAGCUUCACUGUAAGCUCCCACCUUAUCCAGCACCGCCGCUUUCACACCGGGGAGCGCCCCUUUGAGUGCACCGAGUGUGGGAAGAGCUUCCUGUGGAGAUCAGCCCUGCUCCGGCACUACCGGGUCCACACAGGAGAGAGGCCCUAUGCCUGCACUGACUGCGGGGACAGCUUUCGGCAGAGUGCCCAUCUCAUCCAGCACCGGCGCAUCCACACUGGGGAGCGUCCCUAUGCCUGUGUGAACUGUGGGAAGGGCUUCACCGUGAGCUCUGCACUCCUCCGGCACCAGCAGAUCCACAGGGGUGGAGAUCCUCAGGAGGGAAGAGCAAGUUCUAAGAGAGAUGGAAGAAGGGGAGAGUCGGUGCAAGGAGCUGAAUUGGAGGUUUGGGGAAGAGCCUGUGACACAGCAGAGGAAUCAGGUGGUGGCCAGAGGGAUUGCUCUUGGGAGAGCCAUUUCUCGAGAGAGAGAAAUGAGGUAGAGAAAUCAAAGAAAUGAAAUAGCUUGAAAAGGCUGGAAUGUACUUGGCGGUGUAUUUUAGAGGAAGGCAAACGCCUUACCUUUUGUCUCUGCAAGCAUGUUUCAGGCAAUUUAUAGAGUGAACCAAAUGCACCAUCUUAGACCCUGCAACGCUCUGACCAGCUAAACAAGAGCUCCCGUAUUCCCUCCCUGCCACCGCUUUGGUUAGAGGCCCUGAAUUACCCUCCUCGCUCUGUGGGCCAGGCCUGGGGCACGGAGAACCCUCACACGCCCCGUCCCGUCACUCGGGCCGGCCCGGCUGUGGCCCGCGUCCCACGUGACCGCUGCCCGGUGUCUGCCCAGGCCGGAGCCCCUGCGGGAGCCCGAACGCUGUACUAACGUGGCGUCAUUAUUUCUAAAACCGCCGAAUAAAACCACCGUUAAAAAAACACCGUUUCCGCCAUUUU